AUGAAUCGUGGAAGCGACAGCAGCUCCAUGGAGGAACUAUCCAAAGCUACCCUGCACAUUAACUCACUUUGGUGGCUGGCCUGUGGGCUUCUUGCGUUGUUAGCCAACUCCUGGAUAAUCUUGAGCAUCACAGCAAAGCAACAGAAGCACAAGCCCCUGGAGCUCCUGCUCUGCUUCCUGGCAGGGACACACAUUCUCAUGGCUGCUGUGCCACUUACAACUUAUGCCGUGGUGCAGCUGCGACGUGAAUCUUCUGACUAUGACUGGAACGAAAGCAUUUGUAAAGUCUUUGUGUCUACCUAUUAUACAUUGGCCUUGGCCACAUGCUUCACCGUGGCCUCUUUAUCUUAUCACCGUAUGUGGAUGGUAAGAUGGCCAGUGAACUACCGGCUGAGCAAUGCCAAGAAGCAGGCCCUGCAUGCUGUGAUGGGCAUCUGGAUGGUCUCCUUCAUCCUUUCUACCUUGCCAUCCAUUGGCUGGCAUAACAAUGGAGAGCGUUACUAUGCCAGUGGCUGCCAGUUUAUUGUCAGUAAGAUUGGCCUAGGCUUUGGUGUGUGCUUCAGCUUGCUUCUUCUUGGAGGCAUAGUCAUGGGCUUGGUGUGUGUGGGUAUUACUUUCUACCAGACCUUAUGGGCGCACCAAAGGCAUCAUAGAUGCCAUCACGAAAGAACAGAAGAUACUUCUUGUCCUUCUUCAGUUCAUAACACUUUCAAUGUGCCAGCCAUCGUAGUAGAGGAUGUCAGAGGCAAAAGAAGAUCGUCACUGGAUGGAUCUGAAUCUGCUAAGACUUCCAUGCAGAUGACCAAUCUCAUCAGCGCAAUUGUGGUCAGCUUCUUCAGCCUACGCUAUGACACUGCUCCCACCUGGAUGGUGCUGGCAGUGCUCUGGUGCUCCAUGGUGCAGACACUGCUACUCCCAUCAUUCAUCUGGUCCUGUGAACGUUACCGGGCAGAUGUCCGGACAGUCUGGGAACAAUGUGUAGCAAUAAUGUCAGAAGAUGAUGGGGAAGAUGAUGGCGCUGGUGAUGAUUAUGGAGAUGGGAGGAUCUGCAAGGUGAGAUUCAAUGCCAAUGGUGCUACAGCCAUGAAGCAGGAUCCUAGGGAUGCUAAGCUGCUGCCGGUGCACCAUAUGCUGUUGCCCCAUGACAGGGUACAUUAUUUGCAGUUAAAAAAACUGGAUGAAGCUGUCUCUUCGGCUCAUACAUUCUUCGUAGCCAAUCCACAGCACCUACAAAUGCGUGAGGAUAUGGAGAAAUACCAGCGCAUGGCAGGGGUAAAAUCCGAAAGCUUUCGGGAUCUGGAGGCUCAACCACAUUGGGCAGCUUAUGAAGCUGGGAUGCAUCAUUACAGUAUGGAUGACUACCAGCAGGCAGCAGCCAAACUGGAAGAAUCGCUCAGAGAGGGGUUGCUGGCAUUGGAGAAUUGCAGAGCUCUUUGUGAAGGGCCCCGAGAAGAUGAGGACAACAAGGAAGAGACACAACUAGGCCUCUAUGAAAGCAUUGCAGCUCAUUAUGUCCAGGUCUUGAAAUGCAGGCAACAGUGUGUCCUUGAUAUUGCCACCAAGCCAGGCAGGGUGUCUUCCACAGAAGAUUUCAUCCCAUCUCAUUUUGAUUUAUUGCAAUUUGCCUAUGACAGAGUUGGAAAUCGGACUGUUGCUGCUGAAUGUGCAGCUACCUUCCUACUAUUCUACCCAUCAGAUGAAAAAAUGCUGGAGAGAUUGAAAGUGUACCAAGCAGACCUGGGGAAAGAAAUAGCUAUUCCAGCCAGAGAGAAUAUCCGCCAUUAUGUGCAAAGAUCCCGUAUGGAAAAGAAACUGAUCUAUUAUGCAGUACAACACUUCGAUGAAACUUUUAAGGAUCCAGAUUUAUGGACUCCUGAGGAACUGAUCCCUGAAAGCAUGAAGGAGAAACACAAAGAAGAUCAAGAGAAACGAAGCUUGAAGGCCUCACAUAUGCAACAAUGGGAUCAAAAUGAGUCACUGCCUUUUGAGGACAUCACCAUCACCAUGGAUUCCCACCAACUCAAUGGUUCCCAAAGGGUUGUCUUUGACAGAGUCCUGACUGAAUCAGAAUGCAAAGACAUCCUUCGUCUGUCCAAGGCAGCUGGAGGAACAGGAGAUGGCUAUCGUGGCAGACGUUCCCCUCAUACUCCUCAUGAGCGAUUUGAAGGCUUAACAGUGACAAAAGCUUUGCAGCUGGCUGAGGAGAGUAGUAUGAACUGGAAAGAUAUUAAACUUCUCCUGCAAGCCAGUGAGAAAUCCCAGAAAAUUGUGGAAUCCUAUUUUACCCCUGGGAAAAAUCUCUAUUUUUCUUUCACACACCUUGUGUGUCGCACAGCUGCAGACGGAGAACAGGAAAGUCGCAUGGAUCUCAGCCAUCCAGUCCAUGCUGAUAAUUGCCUCUUGGACCCGGAAGGAAACACUUGCUGGAGAGAACCCCCUGCCUACAUACACAGAGACUAUAGUGCAAUCCUUUACCUGAAUGAAGACUUCCAAGGGGGGAAUCUCUUCUUCACUGAGAUGGAUGCUGUAACCGUUACAGCUCAAGUGCGCCCUAAAUGCGGGAGGCUGGUGGCCUUCAGCUCUGGUGAAGAGAAUCCUCAUGGUGUGUGGGCCGUGACCCGUGGGAGGCGCUGUGCUAUCGCCCUCUGGUAUACCCUUUCUCCAGAGCACGCGGAGCAGGAAUGGAGCCAAGCAGAAAAGCUGAUGAGACAGAAAGAGGCAGAACAGGAACAGUCAUAUAAAGAAGACACAGAAGACAACAAUUCUGCACCUGACAGUCUGGAUUCACCAGAGCCUCCUGCUCCAAAGGGAAGACCUAGAUCCACAAGCCGAAAGAUUAAAUUGGACUCUAAGUCUGGGGUGAAGUCCAGGAGGCUGAGAGUCAGAGAUGAAUUCUGAUCACAUUCAGUGCAACCUGGUCCUUUGCAGCUGCUCUGAGUGACUUGUACAAGCAAGGCAGCCUGAGAACUUUUGCAACUCCUGAGUUAAAGAAGUCUACAUUGCUUCUUUAUGACACACAAAGUAUGGAUCAGAGAGUGAUACUCCUGGACUUCAUCUACUACUGAAACCCAAAUAUCGUGGUGUCCCAGUAAAGAUGCCAAGCUUGUAAACUAAUGUAAUAUUAAUUUAUGGCUAAAACAGACUGAGACACAAAUCUUCUGUUCAGGUCAGCCAUAUUCACAGAGUCCAUCAGUUCCUCUCCUUCAGAGGCUUCCAUCUACAGUAUAGACACAGUUAAUACAGAUCUAUCUACGUUACAGGGCUCUUCUGAGGGGAACAGGGAUAAUAUAACAUGUACUUGGAUUACUUUUAAAGUGCUAUAUUAAUUUUAAAUAUCUUCCUUCGAGCUUUCACGAUUGAAGGAAUCAAAAUUGGGGGAAAAUAAUAUUCAUUUGUGUGAGCUUUGGGAUUGGAUGCGUGAAAACAGACAAGCCAUACUAGACAUCUGGAAUGCAAAAAGGGAAAUGUACAGUUAAAGAAUCUAGGGUGAUCAGAAUUCUUAUCCAAAAAAGCACAGAAAAACAUGUGAAAUGUUAAGAAGCAG